UAUAAUAUAAUAACCAAGUGGUUUAAUAAGUGUUAAAACUCUAUCUAUCUGCAUUUGGGGACAAUGCAUUGGGAACUUCUACAGGAGCGCGCAUGGAUUCUGAUGAGUCUCCAAAAUUUCAUACACCUGAGCCCAUCUCCAGGAGCGAUCUUACAAUCUACAAUAAUAUGUGAGUAACACCUUCAUCCAGCGACACCCUUCAUAUAUAUUGGCACAGUGCAAAGCGGCUUAGAGUUAUUACAUGUACAAGCAGUUCCCAUUAUCAACAAACCCAACUUUAAUUGUUACUCGUUUCUAGCAGCUACACAAACAAAACAAUCCAAAUAUAUGUACAUGGCCUGAUCAGACAAUACCUUGUAGGAAAAGCUCAAGGAAACGUUCCUUUUAUUUCUACUACUUUGCCAACCGAUGCCACAAUUCUGACAGCAUGUGAUUCGGCUCCAGGGACCUGAUACAUCAGUAAUGAAGGUAGAUAGAUGGUUAUCAUAAUAUGCUUUCUCCAAAGUUGUUCAAAAGACCCUAAAACACUCAGGCAUACUAAUAGAUGAAGCAGCAUGCGAAAGAGGACGCUGUCAAACUAGACAUGCAUUGCUAGUGGUAAUGAACGCUCAAUAUAGAUGAAGCAGCAUGCGAAAGAAGUUCUAUAUUUUUAGGAAUUUUUUUUUUUUUUUUUGUUAUUUUAGAAAAGGAUAAGUAUAAUUAAAGAUUUUGUGUUGACAACUACAGUAAAAUUAGUCAUAUACAGUUUUGUAUUAAAAAAUAAUUUAUAUGUAUAUUAUAUUAAGGCUUAUGAUUUUUAAACUAAUAAAGAAGCUGGUCUAUAUGUAUACACAUUUGUAAGAUUCAGUGGAAGCGUGUGCAAGGUAUUGGGUUCCAUGUUGCCGUUUUGUUGUGACCUGGGAGAAGUUAAAAUGAUGAUGGUCACUCACAACAACAACUAAACUUUUAAAGUUGGACUCUGGUCUAUAAUCUAUAUGACUAUAUCUAUACACAUUUGUAAGAUUCAGUGGAAGCGUGCGCAAGGUAUUGGGCGAUGUUGCCGUUUUAUUGUGACCUGGGAGAAGUGAAAAUGAUGAUGGUCACAACAACAACGAAACCUUUAAAGUUGGACUCUGUUCAGAUUUCAGUUCCUUGGGUAGAGACAAAACUAGUUUCAGUCCAAUGUACUUUCGGAAACAUUGUAUUUCCUCUCUAUAGGAUUGGAUAGAGCCAAAAUGCUUAAAGGAUGUGCGGUAUUGUGCAUUCCAUAACGAUACAAUAAUAUUGUAUGUACUAGCCCAUGCAUACGAAUGUGCAUUCCAUUAUGAUACAAUAAUAUGUGUAUGUUUUGGAACCUUACAAAACCUUCCCUUCCAGUCUUAUGGAUAAACCAAAACCUUUGCAAAAAGCUUCUGAAAUAUAGUCAUGGCAUCAACUGAUCUACAUGUAUUGUUUUUUGUCCUUCUCUUUAACAGGAGAGAAACAUUUUAGUCUUCCUUAGGUUGAUGAGAUUUUGAGAUUAGCAAGAAAGCAUUACAUAAAUAGACAAUGUGUCAUAAUACCACACAUUCUAUAAACGCAUAAAUAUGAAUUGAUUUUGAGUAAUAUACGUUCCUACAUUUGGUUUGAUAUAACUCUUUAGACAUGUAGAAGAAACAAACCAUAUUGUGAAUUUCUUUUGGCAUCUAUAUUGAUAGUCUUCUUCUAUGACGAGAGGAUUGAUUUUGGUUAUUGUUAUGAAAACAAGGAUGAAGAUCAUCAUAUGCGAAUCUUGAAAAAGGUGCUAUAUAAGAAAAUAACAAUGUUGACACAAGAAAAAAUCUAAAUCACAAUCCCUCUCUCAAUAACAUAAAAUCCAAUAAUAUUAUCAAAUGAAAUCGUCUAAAAAUCGAACAUAAUAAUAAGCACAAAAGAACAAAAAGUAACAAGCAUAACUAAAUAUGGGCUUGUUACGCGGCCCAUUAAAAAAUGAGAGACCCGAAUGGAGCCGGUAAAUGAAACAAGUAUUGGGUAAAAAGCGUACCCGGGGAAGAGGUGUAUAUAUAAAGCUGCUUGUCUCAGUCACUCUCCAAACCCUCACAGAAGAUUCUUCUUCCUAAUAGCAACCGGAGAAAUGGCUUCCGCCUGUGUUAAAAGCGCUGGUGUUUCGCCGGCGGGAUACUCUUUGUACGGUCGAAUGUCUUUGAGGCGAGAAGAGAGGCGCUCUGAAAACCAAGAUCAAGCGGUGGAUUUCGAGUUUUGUCCCGAAGAUCCGGUCACAAUGCUCUCCGCCGACGAGCUCUUCUCGGACGGAAAGCUCGUGCCUUUGAAGUUCUCUGGUCCUGAGACGACGAGGAGGCCGCAGACUUCCACUGUCAAGACGGAGUUCCGCCGGAGGGUGGAGAUGGAGAUGUCGGAGCUAUUCUCCCCGAAAGCUCCUCGUUGUACGACCAGAUGGAGAGAGCUUUUAGGCCUGAAGAAGGCACAUGAAUCUUCUUCUUCUUCUUCCUCCCCUAACCCCAAAACGUUAAAGCGAUUUCUUCACCGUGGAUCUAAAUCUUCGUCGCCGCCGGCUGACGCUACUCCGUUGUUGAUGAAGGAGUCAGAUAUGGCCUCUUCACGUCUCUCUCUAUCCUCUUCCUCCUCUUCCUCCGGCCACGAGAUCGAUGACCUUCCAAGACUCUCGCUUGACCUCGACAAACCAAGUCCGAACCCCUUUGCUCCUCCCUCUCGGACCACCCCCAGGAUCAGAUUAGCCAAGCCAAGACGUCCCUCCAAUCCUACCGUGGACGGGGUUCUCAACGUGACGGCGGAUAGUCCGAGGCUUAACGCAUCCGGCAAAAUCGUGUUUCACGGACUGGAAAGAAGCUCGAGCAGUCCCGGAAGCUUCACCGGCGGACCCAGACUGAAGCAGCACCAUGGAAUGCCCAGAUCUUACUCUGCUAAUGUCAGAGUCUCGCCCGUGCUCAAUGUUCCCGUUUCUUCUCUCAAAUCAAGCAUCUUCUUCGCCCAGAUGUUCUCUUCGUCUCCUGGGAACAAGUCGCAGUUACAGAGCAACGGCAAAAACCAAACCAAUCGAACCAGACUUGAACCCAAAUGCGAGCAGAAUUAAGUUAACCGAAUCUCUUGACUUUUGUUUUUGCGGGGUUGUCGUGUAAACUGAUGUUUUAUUUGAGGGCAGAUUUAUGUAAAUACGGUUUAACUAAAUAUCUAUCUAUCUAUUCUCCGGUUAUCGCAUUAA